UGUAAGACAAACUGACAAACUCCAAUUGUCAAUAUAUCCGCUCCUGUCCGCUCUUGUAAUUUAAAUGAACCAAGUUUAAAUUUGAAAGUAAAACUUUUCAAGGAAAUGCAUGAGUGAUGUUUAAAUGAUGGAUGACAUCCCAUCAACUGCUCUUAAAUGGCCGUUUCCAAAGCGUCUAGAUGGACGUUUGUGGCGAUUUAGCAGCGCUGUGAUUAUUGCUGGAACGGCAAUAUUUACAAAAGUAUGGCUUGGUUGGCUGAAUACAAAACAUGUCUAUAAUCUUGAAUAUCUUGAAGAGACAUUUGCACGAAAUAAAGACACACCUUUGUUAACUGUUACAAAUCAUAUAUCCUGUUUUGAUGAGCCUCUUAUUUGGGGAAUGCUGAAGUGGAGAUAUGUCUUAAAUGCAAAUCUAGUAAGAUGGGCCAUUGGUGCAGAUGAAAUGUGUUUUUACACAUGGUUAUUGAGUCAAUUCUUUAGCAAAGGAAAGGUUAUUCCUGUUAUUAGAGGUAAUGGCAUCUAUCAAAAGGGGAUGAACUUUGCUAUAGAUCGCCUCAAUGAUGGUCAAUGGGUCCAUUUAUUCCCAGAAGGAAGAGUAAAUGAAAGUGGAAAGAUGCUUCGAUUGAAAUGGGGCGUUGGAAGGUUGAUAGUUGAGUCAUCAAAGAUGCCAAUUGUCAUUCCAUUCUGGCAAUUAGGACUGAAUGAUGUUUUACCAAACAAAUCACCUUAUAUUCCUAAGAUUGGAAAGCAUGUUACAAUAAACAUCGGCAAACCAAUGUUUUUUAAUGACAUUAUGACAGAAUAUCAAGAAUUGAAGGAAACUGCAAUUGGGGCACGUGUAAGGGUAACAAACAGAAUACAGGAAAGGUUUAAAGAAUUAAAAGAAGAAACAGAAACACUUCACAAAAAACACGGACAAUAAUGAUUUGUAAUGGUCUUCUUGAUGCUUUUGGUUCUCUCAAUCUUUUUACUAGCAAAAACAACCCUUAAAAACUUCAAAAUAUAUUUACAUUCAUGAAAAUUUUGUGCCUUAGUAAUGGCCUUAUACGUAUAUGUUUUAUAUAUAUCUUGUUAAUUUACCACUUUCCAUUGUCUAAUAUCUAUUAGGAAAUAAAACAUUGAAUGUUUAUUUAGAGAAAAGACAAACACUUACGUAUUAGAGUACUGAAGGCUACAAUCGCCAAUAAUCCUUGAAUAAAAAAUCCGAAUGUGUCUAAAAGAUCA